CUCUCUCUCUCUCUCUCUCUCUCUCUCUCUGUCUGGCUUUGCUUUGGUUCCCCUAUUAUUCUAUUCGUAUUCUAUUCGCCUCCCUUUGCUUCAUUUCUCUUCUCCACCUCUCUCUUUCUCUCUCUCUUUAACUCUCUUACUCUCAGCCUAACCCACCAGGUUUUUCAAUCUAAUCUCUCUCUCUCACAUACAUGUGUUUGUGGUUUGGUUUGGUAGCUAUUGUUCUAGGUUGAAUUUUUGGUGUCAACAAGAAUAAAAAUUAAUCAGGAGAGCCAUGCAAAAGGAUCAUAGUACUAGCACUCCGUCAACUCCUACCGGUCGUGUUCGAAAUCGUAAACGCUCAAAUGAGGUUAUUCCGGAAGAUAGCAAACCAAAUGGAAGCCAUUUGCUUGUUCAUGAUCGUAAUAAAUACAGAUCAAUGUGGAUCCGUGCACAUUCAUCAAUUUGGAUGAUUGGGGGCUUUAUGUUUAUUGUCUACAUGGGUCAUCUCUAUAUUACUGCUAUGGUUGUUGUUAUUCAAAUCUAUAUGGCCAAAGAGCUGUUCAAUCUACUUAGGAAAUCUCAUGAAGAUAGUCAUCUCCCGGGAUUUAGGCUAUUAAAUUGGCACUUCUUCUUCACUGCGAUGCUAUUUGUAUAUGGCCGCUUUCUGAGUCAACGGCUUGUCAAUACCGUGACUACAGAUAGAUUUUUAUAUCAGCUUGUGAGCAGCCUUUUCAAGUAUCAUAUGGCCAUCUGUUAUUUCUUAUAUAUUACAGGUUUUAUGUGGUUCAUUCUUUCAUUAAAGAAGAAGAUGUACAAGUAUCAGUUUGGCCAGUAUGCAUGGACACACAUGAUUCUAAUUGUUGUGUUUGCACAGUCUUCCUUCACUGUUGCCAACAUUUUUGAAGGAAUUUUCUGGUUUCUUCUUCCAGCAACUCUUAUAGUUAUCAAUGACAUUGCUGCUUAUAUCUUUGGUUUCUUUUUUGGGAGAACCCCUUUAAUCAAGUUAUCUCCAAAGAAAACUUGGGAGGGAUUUAUUGGAGCAUCUGUUACAACUAUAAUCUCUGCAUUUGUGCUUGCAAACAUCAUGGGUCGUUUUCAGUGGUUUACAUGCCCAAGAAAGGAUUUAUCAAAUGGUUGGCUUCACUGUGAUCCAGGUCCGUUGUUUAAGUCUGAGCAACAUACUUUACCUGGAUGGGUUUCUCAAUGGUUUCCUUGGAAAGAGAUCUCAAUUUUGCCAGUUCAAUGGCAUGCUCUAUGUCUUGGCUUGUUUGCAUCUAUAAUAGCACCUUUUGGAGGCUUCUUUGCUAGUGGUUUUAAAAGAGCUUUUAAAAUCAAGGAUUUUGGUGAUAGUAUUCCUGGACAUGGUGGAAUUACAGAUAGAAUGGACUGCCAGAUGGUGAUGGCCGUCUUUGCUUACAUCUAUCAUCAGUCAUUUGUUGUGCCACAAAGCCUCUCAGUUGAAAGGAUCUUGGACCAGAUAUUGAUGAACCUUACAUUCGAGGAGCAGCAUUCUCUAUACGUAAAGCUUGGGGAGAUCUUGCAUGAGACGCUGACCGGAGAGUCAUAGAUCUGCAUAACCUGCGUCUUGGGUGAUGUUUUCUCUCUCCCCAGCAUGUUAUGUACGUGGUGGCCUAACUAUGAAAGAAAUAGAUAAUGUUUUGUAUAUGAUAUUUUGUUCUCUUUUCCUAGUGCAACCCAAAUAUUUUGGGUUGAGUGAUUCUUCAGUCAGCACACUCUGUAUAGUGUAUUUGUAACCAGUUUAAGUGCAUGAACUCUCAUUGGAGAGUGAAUUGCUCUC